AUGAGAGAGACAUUAGUUGUAAAUCUUUCGUCAGAGAUUCAUAUUUCUGUUUUGAGUGCUCCUAUGAGUGUUCAUGUCUGUCGAGCGAUUCGUUUGUCUGUGGAUUUUUCGUCGAGAGUGCAUACUCCACUGAGAGUCAUACCGUCUGUCCGAGAGUGGAGAGUUGAGUUUCUUCCUUUUAUAUAUGUAAGACAUCGCAACAUUUUACUCAUCUGGGGCCUUCACAUAUACUUGCUUUCAACCUCUAGGUUUAGCCAGCAGUGUGUCAGAACUCGUACUAGUCGACCGCAAAUCAAGAUUGGCUACUUUACAGUGGCUUAGGUCCAGCGACGCUCAAGGUCUUCUUAGGGAGGACUUGCUACCCUCCCUACACCGGUUCUGAUAGGCUGACUGAUGUAGUUUCUCGGGGUAUAGGGUGUACACAGGUCUUCCCCUCUUCUGGCUGGGCUAGCCUUUUUUGAACUCUUUCCCCCUUGUUGGUUUAAGAUUUCAAACAUUUCCCUGACUAUGUGACUCUCAUCUGGUCUUGCUUACUCCAGCUCUUCUAGCGUGGUACUUUCUAUUGAGUUUACACCUUACUAUAAUCACCAAUACUAAUGGUUGUUCCUUUAGCAGCAGGUCGUGAUUUUUUUUUUGAUUUAAUGAAGUAGCUGCUCUAGCUACUAGGUGAAGAUGUUCUUGUGCUUAUGCAUGAACUGAAAAGUUGCUGUACCGACAGAUGAGCCGUUUAAUAUGCGUUGGUUUGCUACAUUUAAGUACCCUAUAAUUAGGCUACCCUUUCGCUUUCACAAGAACAUCUUCCAGAUGCACAGUAUCGCGGUACAGCUAGUUUUGUUUCUCGUCCGACUGCUACCUCCUGCACGUGCAGGUAGAGAUAUUUUUACCAGACCAGAGCCUCAAAUGCUGAUGCCUCCAGUAACAUUCAACAUGACUUGCAGUGUUGUCAGUGCAUGCAGAGAGAUUGCGCAAGAGAAAAAGCAUUGACAUGCAUGGUACAAGAACUGCCUCUACAAGUUGUAUUAACAGAGUCUACGCUGAGAGAAACGGAGAAAUCAGAUGAGAUAGGAAGACAUCAUGAGAAGUACGCGCUCAUGAGAAGAUGAAUAAGUUAGGACAUUCCAAGGACGGAGAUGAGCGGUUGAUAGGACCAUAAAAAUUAUGAAUAUGAACUCAUUUUGUCGCGAACUAGCUUCUUCUGCUUUGUCUUUUUGUCACAAAGCUUGAGUGAGUGGAGCCACGAAUAGUAUUACUUCUCUACG